AUGGCGGCUGGAAAGCUGCUGUGGCUUACGACGGCUUUGCUACGACUUUGGUUGGGAGCUACCGACUUGUGUUACGCGCAGUCAACACUCCUGACCUUCCAAGACCUCCUUCCUGAUGACCCCCGACUGUACGACAAGAUGCGCCCUCCUAAGAUCAACGACCAGCCCACCACCGUGAACUUCCACGUCACAGUAAUGGGCUUAGACUCAAUAGACGAGAACUCAAUGACGUACGCUGCGGACAUAUUCUUCGCACAGACAUGGAAAGAUUUUCGUCUACGCUUGCCAGAGAACAUGACUUCUGAAUAUCGGCUGUUAGAAGUGGACUGGCUGAAACACAUGUGGCGCCCAGACUCGUUCUUCAAGAACGCCAAGUCCGUGACGUUUCAGACGAUGACCAUACCGAACCACUACGUGUGGCUGUACAAGGACAAGACCAUACUGUACAUGGUGAAGCUGACGUUGAGGCUGUCUUGCGCUAUGAACUUCCUCAUUUACCCUCACGAUACGCAGGAGUGCAAACUGCAGAUGGAGAGUCUGUCGCACACGACCGACGACCUGGUCUUCCAGUGGGACCCCGAGGUGCCGCUCGUGGUUGACGAGAACAUAGAGCUGCCUCAACUGGAGCUCGUGCAGAACAGGACCGCUGACUGCACCCAAGUCUACUCCACCGGUAACUUCACUUGUCUGGAAGUGAUCUUCAAGUUAAAACGGCGACUUGGCUACCACCUCUUCAACACUUACAUACCGACCUGCCUCAUCGUUAUCAUGUCGUGGGUCUCGUUCUGGAUAAAACCCGACGCGGCUCCAGCUCGGGUAACGCUGGGAGUGACCUCGCUGCUGACUUUAUCCACUCAACACGCCAAGUCCCAAGCGCAACUACCUCCCGUGUCUUAUCUGAAAGCGGUCGAUGCAUUUAUGUCUGUUUGUACUGUGUUCGUGUUUAUGGCUCUGAUGGAGUACUGUCUGGUGAAUAUCGUCCUGGGAGACGGCGCUGGUAAGCCCAAGGAAGCGGCGGAGGCGGCUAAGGCCCGCAUGCGAGCCAUCAACAUCGACCGCUUCUCAAGGGUGUUCUUCCCCCUACUGUUCUCCGUUCUCAACGCGACGUACUGGCUACAGUUCGCCCAGUACAUCUGAUCCGCUUAUACACGUAACGGCACUAUGUAGUCAGUGACGUAGUUGUACACGAACCCUUCAAAGGGCUACGCGGUUUAAAUAGAUGGAACCGAUUUUAAUGAAGACAGACGUAUUAAUGUAGGACUAGUGAUUUAAAGUUAGGAAGUAGUUUAAAGUUAUUUUUAAGC